AUGCCCAGCCCACCUACCCCCAGCCAAGGAGAGCCAGCCCGGGGUGCAGAGUUCGUGGGCUGCGGCUGCCAGCCUUUCCGGAUAGACUGCAGCCCGCUGGCCCACCCAGGGCUUAAAGAGGCCCUCUCUCCAGUCCCCACAGCCAUGACCUUCACUCCAGCGCCACUAGAAGACACAACCGCAAGCCCCCAAUUCUGCAAGUGGCCGUGCGAGUGCCCGCCGUCCCCACCCCGCUGCCCGCUGGGGGUCAGCCUGAUCACAGAUGGCUGUGAGUGCUGUAAGAUAUGUGCCCAACAGCUCGGGGACAACUGCACAGAGGCUGCUAUCUGUGACCCGCACCGGGGCCUCUACUGCGACUACAGUGGGGACCGCCCGAGGUACGCAAUAGGAGUGUGUGCACAGGUGGUCGGCGUGGGCUGCGUCCUGGACGGGGUACGCUACCUCAACGGGGAGUCCUUCCAGCCCAACUGCAAGUACAACUGCACUUGCAUCGCCGGCGCGGUGGGCUGCACGCCCCUCUGCCUCCGCACGCGGCCCCCCCGCCUCUGGUGCCGUCGCCCCCGGCGGGUGAACUUGCAGGGCCAGUGCUGCGAGCAGUGGGUGUGUGAGGACGAUGCCAGGAGGCCACGCAAGACGGCGCUGCGGGACACCAGCGCCUCGGCGACUGCAGGGGAGGUGGAGCCCUGGCACGGGAACUGCAUAGCCUACACGAGCCCCUGGAGCCCCUGCUCCACCACCUGUGGCCUGGGGGUGUCCACGCGCAUCUCCAACAUCAAUGCCCGGUGCUGGCCUGAGCAGGAGAGUCGCCUCUGCAACCUGCGGCCGUGUGACGUGGACAUCCGCCUGCACAUCAAGGCAGGGAAGAAGUGUCUGUCCGUGUACCAGCCAGAGACGCCCAUGAACUUCACCCUCGCAGGCUGCGUCAGCACACGAUCCUACCGACCCAAGUACUGUGGGGUCUGCACGGACAACAGGUGCUGCAUCCCCUACAAGUCCAAGACCAUCGACGUGUCCUUCCAGUGUCCAGAGGGGCCGGGCUUCUCCCGCCAGGUCCUGUGGAUUAAUGCAUGCUUCUGCAACCUCAGCUGCAGGAAUCCUAACGACAUCUUUGCUGACUUGGAAUCCUACCCUGACUUCUCAGAAAUCGCAAAUUAGGUGGGCACAUCAUGGGAUUGGGGGCCUGGCUCAGUGACGGCAAGGCAGCCAGCCCUCGUGGCCAAGAACUCCACAAUCGAGCCUUCUUUUGUCUGUUUCCUCUGCACUUCCGAGUACCUGAUUUGGCACAUAGCCUCCUGCCCUUACCCAGAUGACCCUUGAUGGUGCCGCUCAGGCACGCACAAUGGUUCCCCUUCUUGGUGGCAUUCAGCCUUACUCCAAAGAAAAUACCUAUCUCUAGCUGUUCUGGAUAAGACCCAAGCCUGAUUCAGCCUGUCCAAGUCAUUGAACAUCCUUAUGCAUUUUGCCCAAGUCCCAAGAAAUGGAAUCAGCUGGAUAUCCAGUAUCACAAAUUCCCUCUUUAGAUGCCAAACUAGGGGAACCUUUAGUGCCUUCAGAAGGAUACAUGAAUUGGAAACAGUAGAAUAAACUGUUACUUGACCUGCCAAAUGUUAUAGGCAAUUGUGCCCAUAACACACUUAAAAGUAGCUCUGAUUCCUAAGAUUUGUGCACCAUUUAGGCAACAAACCUUUGUCAAGUGAGGCUGAUGGUUGUUUGGUUUUGAUUAUCAAUGGAAAACUAUAUUCAUGAACCUGGCAUUGUGGAGGUUCAAUUUCUCUUCACUUCUGCACUGUCAAGGGUCUCAAAUGGGUUCAUCCCAACCAGAAAUUCAAUUUCAAUUUUGUUCAUGAGAAAAAUAUCCAGUCGUUACUCCAGGGACAGGGCAAGGUCAGCCAAUUUUAGAGGUGGCAACUGACCUAAGCACCACAUCUGCUGCUGACCAACAGCUCUGUGGGCAGUGGGCCAGGCUACUCCUUGAUUCUGACCCUCUCUCUGCUCAGGGCUCAGAGGAGUUGGUAGAGUGCCAGAGAGUGUGUUCUGAAACAUUCCUUUACUCUAUGGAACCUUGGGAGAUUCCUCUGAAGUUCAGACCAGAUCUGCCAGGCCAGGUAAGGGUCAAACCACAAAGUGGUUACACCCUUCAUUAGCCUGAAGUGGCCUGCAGGACUAGAGACUAUAAAUCCACAGGAGUCCCUGGGCCCAGGACACAUCUUUUCUACUUCAGUAACUACUUCACAGCCCUUGGGUCUGUGGAUCAAAAAAACUCAGUUUUUCUGGUGUAAAGUCAGAGGUUGACCAGUUGUUUCAAAACGGAAUGAUAUUUAAUAUCAUUACCCUUUGGUUACAAGCCAAAAGGAGUUGAAGCUAAAGGAAAAGAAGGUUGGUAUAAAUAUAAAUGAGACGAUUAUUUAUUUUAUUAGGAGCAUAUAAUAUUUACUGUCAUAAUUCUUUUUCCAUGUGCUGUACAUAGUUCUCAGUGCUUCACAUACACUUUCUCAUAUGUCUUCAUGAUGAUGAUGACAAAUUCCAUUAUUAUUUCUGUUCUUACAAAUGUGAAAUGGAAACCCAGAGAGGUAAGGAUUCUUGACCAAAGAAACUCAGCUGUAUGUGAGGGAAUUGGAAAUCAUAUCCAAGGUGGACUGACUUCACAAUCCACAUAUCCCCCUGCUCCCAGUUUCCCAAAGUGUCAGAGUAGGGGACAAUAGUGACUUAAGUGACUUCUUUCAUUUUUGCUCUUCUUCUUGUCUUGCUAGCUCCUUUCCAAAGAGAAGAGAGUAUCUGAUUUUUUGGUAAUUUCAGUACUUAAACAUCCAAAAAUAUGUAGGAUAGGAAGAAAUCCAAGCAUUCCUAUAGAUAAUUCCCUCCUUCAAAUCCAAACCAGCUCAUAUCAUGUAUUGAUAAGGCAGUUCUGUUUCCCCAGAGCUACAGACUGUGUAAUGUGCAGUUAUUCACAAGGAAUUGUGCUCGGCAUGCAGAACUCUUAAACAGGAGAAAGGACUUGGCAUUAGCCCUCCUUACAGUGACCUCCCAAAGACCUAGCCCAGUGCAAGGCAUAUAGU